CCACAUCUAAUCUGGCCCUAGUGUGGUUUCAGUGGCUUCCUGUGUUUGCGCCUCAACUUCAUCAAUCUGUUUGUUGUUGGAUUAAUGAAUGUGUCAGUGAAAUGCCUGCUGGAGCGGUGAUACAAGAAGCGCACUGUGCGAGUUGUGCAUGAAUGCAUAUGACUGUCGGAGCGGAUGGAGUAACUGUCUGUAUUUUGUUUGCAGCUUAGCCCCUUGAUUGCAUUCUAAAUUUUAAAAUUUCACAGUAGUGUUCCCUCAAACAUGCCCUCCAACUACGAGUGAACACUGGAAAGAGGUUUUAUGGUUCUGUGAGUGAUUUGGAGGAAAGGAAUUCAGUCGCUAGAUUGCAAUCUCCUCUUGGGGACGGACAGAGUCAACAGCUAUGAUUGCUUCUCACAUUGCUGUCGCUCGCUCGCUCGCCGGCAGUUCUCUGUGUUGAGAAGCUGGGGGAUGUGGGAAAUGUGGGAACGGGGCUGACCAGAGUGCUAAUUUUAUUCAUUUGAAAUUUGGAGAGGCCUGAGCAAGUCUGCGUGUUUCUUUUCUUUCUUCUCUUUUAAAAUAAAUUUCAUUAAACUCACGUACUUCUAUGUGUAGUUACUCUUAUUCAGUUUUGAGUGCCUUAUUUUGUUUUAGGUUAACUUGGUUGCACGUGAUUAAACUACACUGAAACAGUGCUACUCUUAAACAGUGUAAAGUGCCUGGAUACAAAGAAUCAUCUUUUUAAAGCAACCUAGUUAAACCAGUGCAAGCUGAGAUGAGACUCUAGAUUGUUUGUUUUAUGAAUGAUCCUCUUCUGACCUACUGAGAGCUGAGAACGAGGGAAGUGUCAAAACAAAGCUCAUCUGAUACAAACAGAAAAAGAAACAAACACCAAAGAAGUAAGCAUAAUGUGGCUUACCUUUUGUUUGGAAAGUUGAACAGUGCUUUCACUUAGAGAUGGCUGACAAAGGUGGGAAGAUCCUUCCAGUACCAUUAUACAUUGAAGUGGAGUAUGACUAUGAAUAUGAGGCAAAGGAUAAAAAAAUUGUGAUAAAACAAGGUGAGAAAUAUAUGUUGGUGAAAAAAACUAAUGAUGAUUGGUGGCAAGUCAAAAAGGAGGAACAUUCCAAGCCCUUCUAUGUGCCAGCCCAGUAUGUGAAAGAAGUAACUCGAAAAGCACUGAUGCCACCUGUUAAACCAGCAGGUGGACUGCCAAAUAGUUCUUUGAAACUGAUGCAUGCGGGGUUACAGAGAUCAACAGAAAAUGUGAACAAGUCAUCAGAACUUUCUAGUUUUGGAAAAACUGCUCCAGUUCAAGUGUCUGGUCUAGUUCGGGAUGCCAAUCAGAAUCUGGGACCAAACAGUAGCCCAGGUCAAACUGUUUGCUUGAAUCUAGACCUUGCCCAAAAUAAUGGAAAACUAAAUAAUGAGUUACAGUCACCCAAGGUUUCCAGCCAGUACAGGACCCUCUCUGUGGGCCAUUUCCCUUGUCCUGAGUUCAUGGAAAUAGAAAAGACCAGCUUUUCCCUUGAACAGUCUUGUGAUUCAGCAGGAGAAAGCUCAGAAAAAAUACAUCAAGAUUCAGAAUCUGGAGAUGAACUCAGUAGCAGCUCCACAGAACAAGUUCAGCCAACUACUCCACCAAGCCAAGGGAGGCCUGAUUCACCAGUUUAUGCUAAUUUACAAGAACUGAAAAUAUCUCAGUCUGCACUCCCACCUUUACCUGCAAACCCACCAAUUCAAGUUAAUGGAGAGUGGGAAACUCAUAAAGACACUACAGGACGCUGUUAUUACUACAAUCGAGGAACGCAGGAAAGAACCUGGAAACCUCCACGUUGGACCAGAGAUACAAACAUAAAUAAAGGGGACCCCCAGAGCCAACUAGAUCAUGAGCAUCUUUCAUCAGAAGAAAACGACCACAGUUCUUGUUACAGCCAGUCAGAUAGUCAGUAUGGUUCUCCUCCAAAGGGUUGGUCAGAAGAGUUGGAUGAACAUGGUCAAACCUUAUAUACCAAUGACUAUACUAAUGAAAAGUGGAUAAGACAUGUAGAUGAACAAGGUAGACCAUAUUACUACAGUGCUGAUGGAUCACGUUCAGAAUGGGAACUGCCAAAGUAUAAUGCUUCACCACAGCAGCAAAGAGAAAUAAUUAAGAGUAGGAGUCUGGACAGGAGGCUACAAGAACCAAUAGUUUUAACCAAGUGGAGGCACAGCACAAUUGUAUUGGACACCAAUGAUAAGGAUUCUCCAUCUGCUUCCAAGACAAGCUUCCCUGAAAAUGAGUCAUCUCCUUCUUCACCAAAGCACCAAGCCACAGGUCAAGAGAAGUAUGGAUUAUUAAAUGUGACAAAAAUUACAGAAAAUGGGAAAAAAGUUCGAAAAAACUGGACGUCAUCAUGGGCAGUAUUACAAGGUUCGUCAUUAUUGUUUACUAAAACCCAAGGAAGUGGAACUGGCUGGAAGUUUGGGGUUAAUCAAUCUAAGCCAGAAUUUACAGUGGAUCUUAGAGGGGCAUUUAUUGACUGGGCUUCAAAGGACAAAUCCAGCAAAAAGAAUGUCAUUGAGUUGAAAACCCGACAAGGAACUGAACUCUUAAUACAAUCGGAUAAUGAUAGUUUGAUUAACGAGUGGUUUAAAGUUCUUACUUUAACCAUCAGUAAUCAGGCAGUAGAGUCGGAUGAGGCAUUAGAAGAUGAUGUACCAGAUUCCCCAGGGCUGGAAAAGCAAGACAAAGAGAAGGAUAAUAAGGAUUCUAAGAAACUUCGUUCAAUGAAACUCUCUGGCAGUAUAGAUGCUUCAGAACAGAAGAAGACCAAAACAAAGCUGAAGAAAUUUCUCACACGGCGACCUACGUUACAAGCCGUCCGUGAAAAAGGCUACAUUAAAGAUCAGGUGUUUGGCUCAAACCUCACCAGCUUGUGCCAGAGAGAAAACAGCACCGUGCCAAAGUUUGUGAAGCUGUGCAUUGAGCAUGUUGAGGAACAUGGAUUAGAUGUUGAUGGGCUAUACCGAGUCAGUGGCAACCUUGCAGUGAUACAGAAGCUAAGGUUUGCAGUUAAUCACGAUGAGAAAUUAGACUUGAAUGAUAGUAAAUGGGAAGACAUACAUGUCAUCACAGGAGCGCUAAAAAUGUUUUUCAGAGAGCUGCCAGAACCACUCUUCACAUAUAAUCACUUCAAUGACUUUGUCAAUGCAAUUAAACAAGAACCAAGACAACGUGUCCAUGCUGUCAAAGAUUUAAUUAAGCAAUUGCCAAAGCCAAACCAAGAUACCAUGCAGGUACUUUUCAAACACCUCAAGAGAGUAGUGGAAAAUGGAGAGAAGAACCGAAUGACCUAUCAAAGUAUAGCAAUAGUUUUUGGUCCAACUUUAUUAAAGCCAGAAAAAGAGACUGGUAACAUAGCGGUCCAUACAGUGUACCAGAAUCAGAUUGUAGAAUUAAUUCUGCUGGAAUUGAACUCCAUCUUUGGACGCUGAAGUGUUCUCAGACUGCAAACUGGAAGUGAUGGGUUGGCAGCAGUGUCCCAUCAAAAGUCAGAUAUCUCUGUAUGUGAUGUAUUGUGUUUGUGGACCAAGCAACAUCUUGAUUUUGCACUUUUGGGGGUGGGGCAGGAAGGAAGAAACAGGAGGAGACUUUGACCAUUUUAACUGCUAUUUAUGCAAGUUAUUAACAUUUGGAUUUCACUCGUUACAAAAUUUCAGUAGUUUAUACUCUGCAUUUUUUGUAACAAACUACACAUCUAGUAUAGGCAUACACUGGAUUUCUUGAUGAGAAAAACUUGAUCUCAAACUGGAUAAUCUGGAACUGCUUUUUAUUUUAUUUUUUUUUUUUUUAAGUCCUCCAGUUGGUAGGGCAAGAAAUCUAUUAACUGGCCUUGAAAAUUUAAGUGAAAAGAAUUGCUUCCUAAGCUCUUGUACUAAAUCUAUUUGAUCCUGUAUGGAUCAUUACAGCUGGGUUUCUGCAUGCAGUGGCUUGCUUAAAUUAGUGCUAACAGUGGCCAGUUUGGUUUACAGUAAUCCAAAUCUAAUCCUUCAUUUGAGACUUUUUUUUUUAAUUAUUAUAUUGCACAUUAUCCUUGGUGGAAUUUUUUUUUUAAUGGUUUGAUAAAGCAGCGCACUAGUAUUUUAAAUACUGAACUUUCAAGACUAUCCAGCAGAGGAUAUUUGUUCUGUGGUGAUCUAGAAUUUUUAUUUAAUACACAAGUCCAUUUUCAGGGUAUUUCUUGGGUCACGGUUUGUGCUAUAUUGAUUUGCAGCUAACAAUCCUAAGUAAAUACCGAUCUUUUCUAAUGCUAUACUGAGUUUUCAGUAUGAUCCUGUGGUAGUGAACAUUUUUCAAUGUAAAUACAUGCUAAAGACUGAAUGGCCUUUGGCUUAUGUACAUAAAAUCAGUUGUAUAGUCUCAAAGUACCUUCUAGUCGCACAUUUCUAAUCAUGAGUAGAGUAGCUACAAGUAGCUUAAUACUUCCAGUUUGGGUUUCUGCAAAGAAACAGAUUGUUUGGGAAAGCUAACUGCGUGCACUUUUAGAUGUUAAUUACAUUUGCAGGCAAAUAAAUAUAAUGCAAAUGGUACUGGAAAAAUACUGUGUGUGUGCUUGCUAAAUUGUUAAUGCACUACAAGAGGAGCCUUUUAGAUUAUUUAAUAUGUACAGGAUACAUUAGAGAAAUGUAUUAUGAAUUCUAACAUCUACAGAUAGUGGAAACCCAUGUUUUCAUAGAUAGAUGUUUGAUGGAAACGAUGAUGAUAAAUUUGAGAAUUCCUUUUUACAUUAAUGUAGAUUAAUUUGUAAAAUUGGUUUUGGAAGAUUUUGUUACAGGGAACAUGGUCUGCUGAAGAUUUUUUAAAUGUAUUUUUCUAGACUAACUGCUGUACCUGACACAUUUGUUAUGUCUAAUCUGAAUAAAGAAAAGCAUUAGAUAUUUUGGGAUUUGCUAUUUCAGAUUUAGACAACAUUAUAUCCUGUUUCAGUUUGCAAACAUUUUGCCAAAUAUUCACUUACUGUCUGUUGAAAAUAAUACUUUUGCAGAGUCAGUAAGAUGUUUUUAGAAAUGAAAGCUUAACUCAGAAUGAAUCAUGGUUUCCCCCAUUCCUACCUCCACUCUCAACAGUACUUGGACAUACAUUAUGAUAGAAGUUUUGGGAAGAUUGAAGUAAUUUAUACAGUUAAACUUUCAAAUAUCCUUACAAUUUUUUGUGUGCUCUUUAGAACACCUGCCCACAACAGAGAAGCAGAGAAGUAGAGAAAUUAUUGUAUUUUACCUUUGAUCUUUUUUCUGCGGCACUUAAAAAGAAAAGCUACAGAUUCUGGCAGUGGGGGAUAAACAAAACCGUAGACUUUUUUCCAGGAAUACAUAACAAAAUAAUGAGUAGUUUCUCAACUUUAAACCAAACAGCAGUAGAGUUCCAGUGACAGAAAGCUAGCCUGCAAGUCUCUGUUAAGAAAAGAGAGAGAGAGACAGACAAACAAUUUACCUUGUGGCUUUCUCACUCUUUUAUUGUGGCAGUGGUGAAGUUUUGCGGUUUGUUGCACAGCAACUUGGUGAGAAUUGUAAUAACUACAAAUUGGCGUUGCAUUUUCAGCCUCCUAUUCUGCUUUUACAUGUUUGAGCUGCAGAGAUGGCAUCAUCCAGUAGGAAAUAUAAAUCCAGUUGGACGUCUUGUAGUAGUUUAUUCAAAUCCCCAUUUAUUAGAAUAUUAAAAGAAAGAAAGAAAAUCUUAUUCAGCAGAAAAAAAUAAGAUUGCUAAACUACAGAUCAUUUUGUCUGUAUAUAUAUUGCUGUAUUCAAAGAAAAGAGAAUGCCUUUAAAAAAAAAUUAAAUAGUAUGGGGAACCAUAAUAUUUUCCACUGUAUUCCCAGAGAAUAAAGCAUUUUGUUUUA